AUGCCUUGUAGUGUCGUUAGUAUGCAACAUUCAACAUCUUCAUUUUUAAGUAAAAAUAUAAAUGAUAGCAGUUUGACAAAUAAAUUGAAUAAGACUAAUAAUUCACCACCAGAUCAAUACUCCACCUCUGAAUCAAAUGUUGAAUCAAAUAAAAGCUUGAUAAGGCGUCUUUUUAAAUAUUAUAAAAAUAAUUCAAUGAAACCUGAUCUCUCAACAGUUUUAGAUUUAAGUGUUUCUAAUAUAGACAGAGGAAUAUUUUGUUAUCCAGUUAUAAAGAAAAAAGAAUAUGAAAAGUAUAUUGAAUAUCUUGAACUUACUGAUCCUAUCAAUUGGUCUUGUACAACGAUAGAUAAACGUCCAGGAUUUUUUCUUAUAAAAGGAUUAUUUACCAAAAAAAAUCAAAUAAAGUGGAUGGAAAAAUGCCUUUUAGAAUAUCCAGAAAAUGGCGCUAUAACAAAUUUAAAUUUUAAUAAACCAAGUAAUGAUACAAAUAUUUUUGCUAACUGUGGAGAAAAAUUAAGAUGGGUUACAAAAGGAUACGAUUACAAUUGGUCGACUAAAGAAUAUCCCAGACAACAAACAUCAGAUUUUCCAGAAGAAUUUAGUCUUAUAUUUGAAUUAGUUUGCCUGAUUUUAGAUCUAAAAGAAACAAAAGGUGAUACAGCUAUAAUAAAUUAUUAUCCAAAAAAAGCAACUUUAUCUGUUCACACAGAUCAUUCAGAACGCAGGCUUGACAAACCUUUGGUUUCUUUAAGUUUUGGCCAAUCAGCAAUAUUUCUUCUAGGAGGCCAAUCAGAAGAAGACAAUGUUGAUCCUAUUUUACUUAGUAGUGGUGAUAUUAUGGUGAUGCAUGGAGAACAACGAUUAGCUUAUCAUGCUGUUCCGAAAAUUGUUAUUACAACAAAAUUUGAAAAAAAAGAAUUUCAUGAAAUUUCUGAUAAUGUAUUAGAAUAUAGUAAUAAAAACAGAGUUAAUAUAACAAUAAGACAAUGUGAUUAA